UUCGCCCAAGAGCUCCUUUCCACGUUCAGCACCGACCUAGGUGAGGUAGCGCUCAUCCCAGCUACGGGGGGAAUCUUCACAGUAACGAUAUAUCAUUCCUCGUCGGAGGAAGUGGAGACGCAAGAGACGAUCUUGUGGGAUCGGAAGACGAAUGGGGGGUUUCCUGAGGUGAAAGUGCUUAAGUCGUUGGUGCGGAAUGUGAUUGAUCCGUUGAGGGAUUUGGGGCAUACGGAUCGGGCGUUGAGAGCUGCUAGUGUGCCUGUGAAGGAGGGGGGUGUUGCUGGGGUGGGUUCGAACGAGGGACAGGGGAGUGAGAAGGUAGAUAAGGGUGAGAAGGAGUGUGAGGAUUGUCGGUGAUGGUGUUGAGUUGGUAGAUAUCGACUGAGUAGAUGGGAUUGCACGGUGUACACCAGAUUCCCAAGGAUAAAUAUGCCUGUAAUGUAUAGACAUGCGAAACUACUUGAGAUUGCCUUGUUAUAUAUACUGUCAUAGAGCGCGGUGUGUGAGACUAGGUGA